UAUUUUCAUUGCUUUUUUUUUUUUUUUAACUUUCUGCCUCAGAAAGACAGCUCCCUUUCAGAGCAGGAAUUUCCCUUCAAGGUAGCAGGAGAGGGAAGCCCGCUGCUCCAGGAUUUUACGGAUCUGAUUCUGUUGCAACAACAAAUGCUGCGUGCAUUUGCCAGGUCGAAUAAACAGGAGCAAUUGCACCGCUAACCUCGGGGCUCCGGCCCAGAACAGACAUGCGGUUAUGGAUUCCGAAAGGCGGGUCAAGGAGACUGAUGACAUUGAGAGUCCUAAGCGGAGUAUCCGAGACAGUGGUUACAUCGACUGCUGGGAUUCCGAGCGUAGUGACUCCCUGUCUCCCCCUCGACACGGCCGCGAUGAUUCCUUUGACAGCCUGGACUCCUUUGGCUCCCGCUCCCGGCAGACACCUUCGCCAGAUGUAGUCCUCAGGGGAAGCAGCGAUGGGAGAGGAAGUGACUCCGAAUCUGACCUGCCACAUCGGAAGCUGCCGGAUGUGAAGAAGGAUGACAUGUCUGCCAGGCGGACUUCUCACGGUGAGCCGAAAUCAGCAGUGCCUUUUAACCAGUACCUCCCGAACAAAAGCAACCAGACAGCCUAUGUCCCCGCUCCUCUGAGAAAGAAGAAAGCAGAGCGAGAGGAGUAUCGGAAGAGCUGGAGCACCGCCACCUCCCCGCUGGGUGGGGAGAGGCCCUUCAGAUACGGUCCGAGAACUCCUGUGUCUGAUGACGCAGAGAGCACGAGUAUGUUUGACAUGCGGUGUGAGGAGGAGGCUGCGGUGCAGCCGCACAGCAGGGCCCGCCAGGAGCAGCUGCAGCUGAUCAACAGCCAGCUGCGGGAAGAGGACGACAAAUGGCAAGAUGACCUGGCUCGGUGGAAGAGCCGUAGAAGAAGUGCUUCUCAGGACUUAAUCAAGAAAGAGGAAGAAAGGAAAAAAAUGGAGAAAUUAAUGGCUGGAGAGGAUGGGACAAGUGAACGGAGGAAAAGCAUCAAAACCUACAGAGAAAUUGUUCAAGAAAAAGAGCGGAGAGAGAGGGAGCUGCACGAGGCAUAUAAGAACGCACGGUCCCAGGAGGAGGCGGAGGGGAUCCUGCAGCAGUACAUCGAGAGGUUCACCAUCAGCGAGGCUGUCCUGGAACGCUUGGAGAUGCCAAAAAUCCUGGAAAGAAGCCAUUCAACAGAGCCAAACUUCUCCCCCUACCUGAACGACCCCAACCCCAUGAAAUACCUGCGGCAGCAGUCACUGCCUCCCCCCAAAUUCACUGCCACUGUGGAAACCACCAUCGCUCGUACCAGCAUUCUGGAUGCCAGCAUGUCAGCAGGCAGUGGGUCUCCAAGCAAAACUGUCGCUCCCAAAGCAGUGCCUAUGCUGACACCCAAGCCUUACUCCCAGCCCAAGAGCUCUCAGGAGGUUCUGAAGACCUUUAAGGUAGAUGGGAAAGUCAGCAUGAAUGGAGAAACAGUUCACAGUGAUGAGGUGGAGAAGGAAAACGAGUGUCCCACGGGCGCACUCGUCCCCUCAUUAACCAAAUCCCAGAUGUUCGAAGGUGUGGCCAGAGUGCACGGGUGCCCAGUGGAGUUGAAACAAGGCAGCAAUAGCAUUGAGAUCAACAUACAGAAGCCAAAUUCUGUUCCCCAAGAUCUGACGGCAACCACUGAGGAAAUGGAACCCAACAGCCAAGAAGAUGAGAAAGAUGGUGAAAACCUAGAAGAAGGGAAUACAGAACUUACAGAGCCACAGCAUUUUACAACUACUGUGACUCGGUGCAGCCCGACCGUGGCCUCGGUGGAGUUUUCCUCCAGCCCCAAGCUGAGGAACGAUGUGCCAGAAGAGAGAGACCAGAAGAAACCGGAAAAUGAAAUGAGCGGGAAGGUGGAGUUGGUGCUGUCACAAAAGGUGGUAAAGCCAAAGUCUCCAGAACCAGAAGCAACCCUGACGUUUCCGUUUCUGGACAAAAUGCCUGAAACCAACCAGUUACAUUUGCCAAAUCUCAAUUCUCAAGGGGAUUCUCCCAGCAGUGAAAAGUCACCUGCAACUACACCUGUUCCUAACCAGUUUGCAUACCACACCAUGCUCUUCCCCUUGUGUUACAUGAUCGGGUUAGAUUCAGAAUGUUACAAGAAGAUGGAGAGAUACCAGAAAGAGCAGGACAAGCUGAAAGAAGAGUGGGAAAAGGCCCAAAAGGAGGUGGAAGAGGAAGAACGCAGAUACUAUGAGGAGGAGCGCAAAAUAAUUGAAGACACUGUGGUUCCAUUUACUAUUUCUUCAAGUUCCGCAGACCAGCUGUCGACAUCCUCCUCUGUGACUGAAGGCAAUGGAACAGUGAAUAAGAUGGAUCUGGAAAACUGUCAUGAAGAAGAACAAGAGACAAGACAGAAGAAACCAUUCCAGGGGGGCAACAAUGGCUUGUUGCCUGAGACUAGAGAAAGUGGUCCCCUGGAGGAAAAGGGCAGACUUAUUCAAGGGGCCUUGACUGAUUCUGAGAACCCUGUAUCAAAAGGAACCCAUCAAAAUGAUCAGCUGGAUACAGAAGCUGGGGCCCCCCACUGUGGGGUGAACCCGCAGCUAGCUCAGGGUCCAUCCCAGAAUCAGCAGGUAUCAAACCCGCCAGUGAACACUUUAGAAGAUGUGAAGCCAAAAACCCUCCCAUUGGAUAACAGCAUUAACCAUCAGAUGGAGUCACCGAGUGAAAGGCGGAAGUCUAUAAGUGGGAAGAAGCUGUGCUCGUCCUGUGGGCUUCCUUUGGGGAAAGGAGCUGCGAUGAUCAUUGAGACCCUCAAUCUCUAUUUUCACAUCCAGUGCUUCAGGUGUGGAAUUUGCAAAGGACAGCUUGGAGAUGCAAUGAGUGGGACGGAUGUGAGGAUUCGAAAUGGUCUUCUAAACUGUAAUGAUUGCUACAUGCGAUCCAGAAGUGCUGGCCAACCUACAACAUUGUGACAUGGUUUUCAAGACCCCAGAUCACUCACCACUUCUCUCUUGAGAGUGUCCCCUGGCAAUUGUUUAACAGAAUCCCAUGUUCAGGGGCUUCUCAGCAUUCAUCUAGUUUCUGAAAGGCUACUCUAAAAGGUGGUAUCUGUUCUUUCAUAGCACAGUGUUUGUGUUUUUCCUGUUUGUUGUUUCUCUUUUUUUUUGCAUUUGCACAAUAUAUACAAAAGAAUAUUGAACUAUAAUGAUUCUGACUAGUUCAAAAGAAGGUCUUAGCAUGGUCGAACAGGCUUAUGGUUUAAAAUGUGUUAUUCUCUUCUUUGGGGAGUUGAUGAGAUAGAUGAUUCAAUAAACCUGUUUUGUUUUAGUAUUUCUAGGAAUUAAAUACUUUGUGUUUACAAAAUUGAGCUGCAGAAAGUGCAAGACAUGCCAAUUUGAGACACGGGGUCUUUUAAGACAGGAGCUUACAAGUAAUGCAUUUCAGAUACUAAAAACCACAUCAUAUAGCUCUGAGCUAUAACUUGUUUUUAAUGCAAUGACACUAGUCUGAUAAUAUAUACUGUAAUCCUGAAACAUUUGUGUUACUUACCUUUUGAGGCAGAAGUCAUACCAAUAAAUUAUUGCACCGUUAGUGUUAGGUUUAGUGUGCUUUGAAGGUUAUGUCAUUGAUAGAGCCUGGGCCAUCAAAUAAAGAGAACCCUUGCACUAUCAGCUAGACUUACACUCUGGACAUUGCCCAAGGGUAGGGGAACCCAGAGGAAAACACUUUGGUCAUCAUUUCCCAAGUCCUUUCCAAAAUAUGUGAGGAAGUUUGAUCUUCAAAAGAGUGGUGGGCCCAUGCCAGCCACCAGGGCUUUAUUGCUUACUCCUCUUCAGACUCUACAUUCAAUAAAAGACUCAGCAUAAGGCAUCCGGAAACCCUCAUAGAGGUCGGUCCUUCAUUAAGUGAAACCACUGCUCACCCUUGCCUGCAAGGUCUCCUUGAGGGCACAGGUGUCUAAAGAACAGCAUUAAGUUCAUCCUAAUAGAAUCCAAAUGGCACGUGAUGGGAUAAGCCACUGGUGUGUCAUCAGCAAGAACCUGCAGGUUCCAUGUGCGCUGCCCACCCUAAUGGACAUCUGCUCUUCCUCAUUCUCCUACAUCACCGGCUCUCUCUGCUCUCAAGAAUUCUGAACCUUGCUCAUGGAGACCUUCAGAGAGGAACUCUUGUGGAGAGCUGCUUACUUUUUAAGCCCUGUGUGGUGUUUCAUCGGGCCAAGAGGGGAAUCGAGUGACUAAAAAGCAUCAUGUUUUAAAUCUCCAGGUUAUUUUCUUUAAGACUGGGGAAAGGGGGACUAUUUAUUCUGCCUUGAAAUGAUGGCAAAUAAGUGAAGAGGACCUUUUGUGAAUGUAGACUGUGGAUGUCUGCCUAAUAGAUUCAUGUAGUCAUUAAAGGAGACCAAGUAGAUGUUCUUCUGUUACGUAAGCAAUAAUUUUUUUUCUGUCUUAUUGAGUAUGGCCAGCAAUUAUUUAUUUUACAUGCUAGAUGGUUCUCUGCAUGUGGGUUCCAUAUAAGUGCAGAAAUUCCCUCAGCCACUGGAGGUAUUUUGACCAUUUUGUCAUUUGGAUGAGCUGCGGUUAGAUUGAAAUUCACACAUCACUUCAUUAAAAAUUGUGCCUUAGAAAAUGCAAAGCUGUUGCACACAGUAUGAAUUAUGGAUGCAGUACAUUGAAGAGAGAUGAAGUCACUUCCAAGUUCCCAAGACUUCUCCUGGAGGUGUUUGCUGUUUUACAGGGAAAAAAUAAAUAAAAUUUAAAAAAAGAAAAAUAGAAAACAUUAACAUGAAAAAAGUUUUGAAAAUGUACAGAUUAAGUUCAAUAUUUUGAUUAACCACCUGCAUGUUUUAUUAAAUAUUUUGAUAAUGUGAUGUUUACACUUUGCAUGAUAUUAGCAGAGUACUUUACCGGAAACAAUGCACAAAAACAUGUACAAUACGAUCAUUCAUAACCAAUUUUUAUAGGAUACUUUUUACAUGUGGAACUCCAUCCGUUAUGUAGGGAUUAUAUGAAUAUUGCACAUUCUCUUCUGGUUUCACAGACCCAUUUAUACACAUUUCUUAGUGAGACUCAUUGUACAUGUAUUGAAGCUAGAAUUGAGUCAAGAAAAAUAAAGCCCAUUCUCUGACUGCGAGAUGUGCUUUCCCAUAAUGAACAAUAGUCACCAGCACAGAAUAAUCUCCAACAUUUUCUAAAUUCUAAUUGCCAACUGUUUCUAUUUAUAUUUGAUUUAUAUUUCAUUUGGAGUCUGUUACAUGGCAGCUCGGGCAGACUAGAUCUUGUUUUUUCCAAGGCAGCAUAAUGAGUAUGAUCUAUUUCUUUUCAAAUAAUCUUUGAGAUCCCAGGGAAAAAAAAUGCUCUGCUCUGUGGAGCUACUAUGUAAAUGUGUUUGCUUAAAAAAAAAAAAAAGAUGAUGCAAGUGAGUGAUUUAUUGUUCCCAAGGAAGUACGUCUGACUUUUUUUCUCAUACUCCAAAAGCCAGUCCCUUCUCUUUCUUAAGAAAAAAAUGGGUAACUGUUAUUCACUAGCAAACUUUCAUGCCAUUUCCUCGUUCUUUCUAUGUAGUGGUAUUAAUGCAAUACAUAUUGUAGUUAUCUAUACACAGUGUAAGACUUAACGAACUGAAAUGAUCCACCUCAUGUGUGAGUCCGUCCAAAAGAUGUUACUGUUCUGGGUGGGCCAAUGUUCUGUAUCAGUUACACUAACCUUCAUUUAAAAUAUUUAUUCUAAAAUGCCUCUAAGAAAUAGUAAAAAACAAAUAAAAAGUUGUCUAAAAUGCAACAGCUUUUAUAGUAAAUGUACAUUUAUAAAUAAAAUACUCAAAUCAGCUUUGUA